CUCGGCCCCCUGCCCCAGAGGAAGCUGGUUUACAUAGGAGUCAUACCAAGCAUAGCCAGCAUGUCAGCCCAGUCAACUCGCAGCGGGCUGUGAGGGAGCCAGUGUGCCUUUGUCCUCGGAAGCGUGCGUCGUGUUUUCCUUCAUUUCUUUUCUUUUCUUUUUUUUUUAAACUCCCUUUUUAUCCCCAAGACAGACUUCUGAUAGGAUCUUUUAAAGCUCGGUUGAGGAUACAAUACUUGUGUGCCAGUGAGCCCUUAGAGGGUUUUGUGUGGGUCUCUUGUGUGUGUGUGUGUAUGUGUGCAUUUUUUUUUUGUUUGUUUUGUUUUGUUUUUAAACUUUCACAUAGUUGGUUUUGAUCAUCUGGGGCCCGGCCUCCAUCUCUGAAGUUUUAGGAGGAGAGCCUGGGAAACUACUCGGCACUGACUGGAUUUGAAACUCUCUUUUGGGGGUGAAGGCAGAGCGCUGUUUUUUGUUUUUUUGUUUUUUAUUUUUUGCUAACUCAAUAAAUGCUGUUUAUGAAGAUGGACCUGUUGAACUACCAGUACUUGGACAAGAUGAACAACAGUAUCGGCGUGCUGUGCUACGAAGGUGAAGCUGCUCUCAGGGGAGAACCCAGAAUGCAGACCCUCCCGGUGGCCUCUGCCCUUAGCAGCCACCGCACAGGCCCGCCCCCCAUCAGUCCCAGCAAGAGGAAGUUCGGCAUGGAGCCGGGGGACGAGGACCUCGACUGUGAAAACGACCACGUCUCCAAGAUGAGCCGCAUCUUCAACCCCCACCUGAACAAGACAGCCAAUGGAGACUGCCGCCGAGAUCCCCGGGAGCGCAGCCGUAGCCCCGUGGAGCGGGCCGUGGCCCCUGCCGUGAGCUUGCAUGGCGGCCACCUGUAUGCUUCCCUCCCAGGCCUCAUGGAGCAGCCCCUUGCACUGACCAAGAAUAGCAGUGACACCGGCAGGCAGGCCGGCCUCUCACCCACCCUCACCCCCGUCGAGCGGCAGCAGAACCGGCCCUCGGUGAUCACUUGCGCGUCUGCCGGUGCCCGCAACUGCAACCUCUCGCACUGCCCCGUUGCACACAGUGGCUGUGCUGCGCCUGGGCCUACCAGCUACCGGAGGCCGCUCAGUGCAACUGCCACCUGUGACCCUGUGGUAGAGGAGCACUUCCGCCGGAGCCUGGGCAAGAACUACAAGGAGCCUGAGCCUGCACCCAACUCUGUCUCCAUCACUGGCUCUGUGGACGACCACUUUGCCAAAGCUCUAGGUGACACAUGGCUCCAGAUCAAAGCAGCCAAGGACGGCACAUCCAACAGUCCGGAGUCAGCCUCGCGCAGGGGCCAGCCAGCCAGCCCCUCUGCUCACAUGGUCAGCCAUAGUCAUUCCCCUUCUGUGGUUUCCUGAAGGGGACACCACCAUCUGACCACACCUGGAUCUGCAUGGUUUGCCUGAGCUUUGAACAGUCAGUGCUUAAAAAACAAAGAAAAAAAAAUCAUGGGGUGGGGGGAGGAGGGAGGGAAAGGGUGGUUUAUUCGCAAAACCAUGUUGUUGGGAUUUUUGUUCUGCUCUGUUUUUGUACUUGCUUGGUGUUCGUACAAGGGGCCUCAACGUGGCAGCAGGCACAUCCUGGAACACCGGCCCAAUGUGGCAUCCUUGCUUCCUGCCUCAGUUACCAAAGAAACCUCUGCAGGUUUGCCUCCUGGCAGCCGGGACCCUGCGGCGCUUUCUCAGUCACAAGCCAUGACGAAAUGGGGGUCCAGAUGCUCUGAGCUCUCUCCUUUGUUUGAGACUGCGUCCCGUUCAGUCUGCGUGUGUCUACUAGAGAACUGUCAUGUGUGAUUUGCACUAAUGGAGAAGGAUGGAGCUACCGUGCACCCCCCCCCCCGCCCCCGGCAGCUGUCCAUCAGAUGCCAGGACACCUGAGACCAUGUGUGCUUGAGUUGUUGCUGGACUCCAACAAAACGGCCUUGGAAAGGGUAGGUUGUUGGUCUCUCUCUCUAGACUCGAGGUGCUUGCAAUGGACUGCAGACUCCGCAGACCACGGGCAUUUACUUACUUCUCUGAACACUGCAGUCUGUGAGGCUAGAACUGAGGCCGGAGGACUGACUCCUUAGUGCUUCCCAUGUAGUGUGCGUCUUAAUGGAGAAGAAAAAUAGCUGGUUUCUAUUAACUGUAAACAGAGACUAUAGUACUGACUUGCUUCCUGUCAGAAUAUGUUUUGUCAGUCACAGUGCUAGAUACACUCACUGCUGGUACAGUUGUGCUCUAAGAUGUGUAUUCGAAGUUGCGUUCUACUCACAAGGAGUGCCGCGAGACGAGUCGCGGCAGCAGCGGUGGGUGGCUGCGGCGGGCUGGGGCUGCCGCUGCUGAUUUUCUGCAUUCCCACUCCCUCGAUGCAGACUGCUCACUUCCCGCUUGUGGCCAAGUACCAGAUUGCUGAUAGUCUGCGACAUGGUGUUUUUGUACACUUCCACAUAUGCUGGGGCCAAGGCAGUAUGCAUUCAUUCCUCUGACUUUAUACAGUUAAUACUGCGUCAUUAGUGCCCGCUCAAUUAAUAGCUAAUUAGAAAUUAGAAGCUAGCAGGACAGACACCGUGGGGGGAUGCCCCACAGCUGCUCCUGGCCGUGAGUGUUCAUCCCCUGCGCUGGCUCACUAGAGAGCUAGGACAUCAGCUGGCCAGGUGAUAGAGGCAGGGCCACCUCCCCCACAAGGCAUUACAGACAAGGCAUCCUGCACAACGGGAGACCUUGGGGCUGGCUAACUUGUAGUUGGAGGAAGAGGUUAGCUGUUAACUUCAGAAAUUGGCGCCAGGUGCGAAGGCAGGGGCUGGUUCUCGUGGUCACAGAGUGGCUACAGGCCUUUACAGAAAAUGGAAGCCCUCUUCCUGCCCCACACUCCCACUUCACUCCCCCUCUACUGGGCUUCCAAGCUCUGGCAUUCAGGCCCCUAUAUUUUCUGUAGGAAAAAAAAUUGAGAACACUUUUUUUAUAUAGGUAACUUGAAAGACCAUCAUUACGCUGUGCGUAAGGAAUGUACAGAGAAAUUUGUAGGUAUUUUUUUGAAGAACAAUUAAUUUGUUAAUGAUAUGUAGCUAUUUAAUUUUUCCCUUUCCUAUCAUAAUCAUUUUUGUUUGGAAAAAAAAAAGUUGAUCUUUUUUUUUGUUGUUGUAGAUUUGUCUGUAAACGUGCAGGAACACAGUUAUUCUAUGAGAACACUGCAUCUGCAUUAAUAGCCACUAGUUUGUUACUUGCUACAGGCUACUGAGCAUUGUCACAGGAAAACAACCGCACUGGGGCUGGCUGGGUCCCUGGUGCGCUGACCUAUCUGGGAUAGGCCAUGCCCUGGAGGGGCCAGUGAACCUUCACACAUGCCACCGAGGAGAGCGCCACCUUGCUUGAGCAGGGGCUCGUGCCCUCUCCAGAGCCAAGCCAUCCGUGUGCGUGCUGACCCCUCUCCGUGUUUGUAAAUCUGUAAUAUACCAUUCUCUGUGGCCUGUUUUUCCUGGAAGAAGAAGAAAAAAAGUUUGGCAGGCCAUCUUUUUUUUUUUUUUUUUGUACUUAAAAGUAGCCUUAAGAACAAUAAUAAAGUGCUCUUAAACCAAA